ACACACACACACACACACACACACACACAUGCAUAUUCACACGCAAAUUCCAAGACCUCAAACAUGGAGUGAAGCAGCUUUAUUUGUCUGGGGAUUAAAGGACUGUCCAGUAACCAGAGAUGAGUGAAGCGGUUCUUCUGCCAGUGAUCCGGGCGGGGGACGGGAGGACACUGUCCAGAGCAGAGUUCCUCUCACUGCUCAACACCUACAACUGCUUCCUAAAGGACCACACUCAGCUGCACCUCGGUUACUUUCAGGGUUUAGAUGGAGAGGUGGUGGUGGAAGGCUUCCUCAACAUCUCCUGGGGAGUCCGGAGACCCAUCAGGCUGAAAAUACAGGACGAUAAACAGAUCAUCCCCUUCGCUCCUCUGAUCCCAGCCGACCCCACCAGCCCAGUCAGCCCCAUCGGAGACAAGAGGGGGAUGUCCCGAUGGGGAGAAUAUUCUGACCUUCACCAGAUAGACGAGAUGAAUGAAACACCACAAGACACGGUCAUCACCAAACCUUUACCAGGGCGGGCUGUUUACGAGUCGACCACGCUGCGUCCUGUGAGGCAGAAGAGCGCCGAGCUGGAGGCGGAGUCUAACCUGUUCCGCUGUAUGAGUGACGCCUCGUUGGUGAAGAGGAGGAGAGGAAGAGGGAAGACAGCAGCACAGAGAGAGAAAGAGAGACAGCAUCGCUUCUCUAUCAACGGACACUUCUAUAACUAUAAAACCUCUAUCUUCACUCCAUCCUACGGCACUCCAACCAAAGUUCGUAUCUCCAGCAAGAUGACCACAAACCAGGUCAUAGAACAGCUACUGAACAAGUUUAAGAUAGAGAACGAUCCCCAGGAGUUUGCUCUGUACUGUGUUCACCAGACUGGAGAAAAGAGGAAGCUCAGUGACAGAGACCAGCCUCUAUGGGAGCGCAUACUAAUGGGACCCUCUGAUGACAUCAUGAAGAUCUUUUUGAUUGACAUGGACGAAGAGGAAGUCAGCAACGAUGUAGCUCAGUAUCUGAACUUGGAGCUUCCCAUCCUGGAGCAGGUUCUGCUGAAACUCAGAGAGGAGGAGAACAGAGAGAUACAGAGAGUCAUUAUCAAGUACCAGCGCCAGCACAGACUCCUGUCCCGUGUGUUGACCUGUAAGGUGCCGUCUCACAUUGAGACCAGCGUCUGACCCAUCAAUCAGCUUUGGAUGAUAAACACAAUAUUUUAUAUUUUGCCGACGUGACAGAAAACAUGGUUUCCUUUUUCUUUUUAAGUCUUACAAACUGGGUAACUUACUGCAUAUCAUUUUUUUAUUCAUCAUAUGUGUAAUCUGUAAAGUAACUUGCUGUAAAUAACUGUAAAUCAUUGUUAAUAAAUAUAUAUGUGGGACCAGCAGGAG